AUGACUAUUGCUGAUUUGAAACCAAUAGGACCAGCUAAUGUACCAGUCUCUGGGAAAAUAAAAGAUUUGCCACCUUUAUUACUAGGCGGUGCAGUUUUCAAUCAACAAUUUAAUGAUAAUCCAGAAAAUUUACCAGCUGAAGAAAUGUUGAAAAUUGCUUUCAGUAAAGGUAUUUCAGCUAUUGAUACAUCUCCAUACUAUGGUCCAUCUGAAAUAAUAUUGGGUAAUGCUCUUAAGAAUAUCAAACCUGAGUUUCCUAGAGAAAAUUACUAUAUCGUUACAAAAGCUGGAAGAGUUAAAUUAAAUGAUUUUGAUUAUAGACCGGAAUCAAUUAGAAAAUCAGUAUUAAGAAGUUUAGAAAGAUUGGAUACUGAUUAUUUGGACCUUGUUUAUUUGCAUGAUGUUGAAUUUGUUUCAGAAGAUAAAAUUUUGAAAGCUUUAGUUGAGUUGAAAAACUUGAAAUCACAAGGUAUUAUAAGACAUUUUGGUAUAAGUGGAUAUCCUGUUGAAUUUUUGUAUCAUAUUGCUAAAACAGUGGUCAACAUACCAGAAAUUGGUCCAUUAGAUGCCAUUUUAUCUUACUCAAAUUUCAAUUUACAAAAUGAAAUCUUGAGAGAUUAUAUUGACAAGUUUUAUAAUGAGGCAAAAUUGACCAAAUUAUUGACUGGUUCAAUUUUAAGUAUGUCACUAUUAAGAUCUGGAUCAACACAUGAAUUUCAUCCAGCUUCAAAAGAGCUAAGGGAUAAAUGUCAAGAGAUUGCUAAAUUAACAGCUUCUAAAGGUGUUGAAUUGGCGGAUUUAGGUACAAGAUAUGCUAUUAGAGAAUUCAAAGAUAAGGGACCUGUGGUAUUAGGUGUUUCCAAUAUUCAAGAAUUAACAAAUGCAAUUGAACAAUAUUGGAAUGUUGUUGACAAUACAAUUGAUGAUACUGAAUUAGUUACAGAAGUUAAAGAGGCGUUUGGUGAACAUUUGAAUGAAACUUGGGAAUCCGGAAUUCCACAUUAGAUACAUUGAUAGAUAUAAUGAUAGAUACAAUGUGUGUAUAUUUCAGCGAAUAUCGAGUUUAAUCUGAUUUUUUAUCACUAACAACACCUUCAUUUGUAUUCAACUUGUCACUCAAUUCAUCAUAUGAUUUUUCUAACCCUUUUUUCUGACUUUUAAAAGUUUCAAUAUCUUUUUCCUU